CAGCAUGCUGUCUGCGGGACGGGGACUACAGCUGGGGCAAACCCACGGGGGCACCCACACGACCCCCUGGACCAACACCUUUAUCUCUUGGAAGGAAGGCUGGGUGCUCCUCAUCUCUCUCUUCAUCUUGUUACCCCUGGGGACAGCAUGGCCCUACGAUUACAGGUAUUUGUACAACAACUGCCCAGGCCCAGAGUGGAAUGUUAUGUGCAGAGGUUGCUGCGAGUAUGAUGUGAUCCGCUGUAAAUGCCCUCUGCAGGGGACUCCUGUGGGCUACGCCGUGCCCUGCUGUCGCAACGCCAUCAAUGAGUGUGACCCCUGCAUCAUCCAUCCAGGUUGCAGUAUAUUUGAGAACUGUAAGCGCUGUAACAAUGGGACGUGGGGCCCCAGGGAUGACUUCUUCAUUACUGGCAAAUACUGUGCUGAGUGUCGGCCUGGCUGGUCUGGUGGAGAUUGCAUGAAGUGUGGGGGAGUGAUCCGUAAACGGCAGGGCCACUUGGUGCUCGAGAGUUACCCCAACAAUGCUCGAUGUGAGUGGACCAUCCAGGUGGACCAGCCCUUCACAAUAGAGCUCAGGUUCAUGAUGCUGAGUCUGGAGUUUCACCAUACUUGUCGGUAUGACUUUGUGGAGGUCAGAGAUGGUGACAGCAUCAACUCACGUGUUAUCGCUCGCUUCUGUGGCAACAACAGACCUGCACCAGUUCACAGCACUGGCAACAGUCUGCACAUACUCUUUGUCUCUGAUGGUUACAAGAAUUUUGAUGGAUUCUUUGCCACUUUCCAGGAGAGCUCAGCUUGCAGCUCUUCUCCUUGCCUGCAUGACGGGACAUGUAUCCUGGACAGUUCUUUCUCUUACCACUGUGCCUGUCUGGCUGGCUACACAGGCAAGAGGUGUGAAAAUGUGGUUGGAUGCCACAGGCCUCCAGUGCCCACCCAUGGAUCCACAGAGGGUUUCUUUCAUCAUUCGGGGGCACGCAUCGCUUUCAGUUGUGACGCUGGCUUUGAGCUGCGGGGGUUUCGUACUGCCAUCUGCCUGAAUGAUGGCACCUGGAGUGCUCCUGCCCCAGAGUGUGUGCCAGUUGAAAGAGUUUGUACUUUACCACCCAAGCCAACACAUGGAAACCACUUCAUGGUUUAUGGACCCAAUGAUGUCCUCAUUGCUCUACAGUACCUCUGCUACCAGCCCUAUGAACUCAGUGGGAACUCCCAGAGAGCCUGCCUCCCAAACAACACCUGGAGUGGGACUCCUCCCAUUUGCACCCAAGUGAAUAACACUCUCACUGAGGCAGAAAUGGAUGAAGACAAGACAAAAGAGAAGGAAAAAGGCAAAGAAGCAGAUAGUGACAAAGAUAUCAGCAAAACUAAAGAGAAAGGUCAAGGGAACUCAACUGGAGAAAAAGAAAGUGCUGGAGGGAGAGAUAUAAACACUGGGCACGAGAAUACAACAGCAGUCGACACAAAAGAUAAAUAUACUGGUAGUGUACCAGAGGGUAGGAAUGAAGGAGAGCUAGAGGAAAGAAAUACUGGGUCAGAGAAACCCACUGGAGGCAGCAAAGAUAAAGUGGAUAGUGGAGGCCCGGACAACAGCCUGAAUACAGUUGAAAAGAAAGAACCAGAGUUAGGAAAGCCACCUGAGAAAAAAGAAGACAGUCCAGACACGAACAUGGAAACAGAAAAGACAGAUAUCACGGAAAUAGUUGUGCUAAAAGACAAAGGACAAGCAGAGAAGGAAAGAAAAGAGGAGCAGGUGAACGGAAAAAGAGAUCGGGACAAAGUCGGUCCUAAUGACACCAAGAUGAGGACGGUCAUAGCUGAGGGUGAAAACACAGUGGAGAUAUUUCAACUGGAAAUGACAAAAAACAACACAAUUAUACGGGAUACAAAGGAUGCAAAGAAAGAAAAUAAUACUAUAGGUUCUCCACAGCCGGGGAGGAAAAUCCUUCCCACUAGAGUCAACAUUACACAGUACACCAUGUACAGAGCGGGAGGUGAGGAAAGUGGGAAACCAAAGGAAAAACCAACAAUUAAAGAGGAUAAGACGGAGAAGGAUUCUGCUGAGAAAACAAAGGAGGAGCUGGAGAGGGAGAGGCAGGAGAGAGAAAAAGAAAAGGAGAAAGAAGCCAACCAAAGCUUCAGUGAGAAAAGCUGCCCACCUCUCUCUCGCUUCUACCACGGCUUCUAUCAGCUGGUGCCCGGGGUGGAGCCUCAGACAGUGGAGUUCUUCUGUAACCACUCCUACGCUCUCAGUGGAAAUACCCAACGUACCUGCCAGCCAGAUGGUAGCUGGAGUGGCAAACAACCCCUCUGUGUCAGAGCAUGUCGGGAGCCCAAAGUGUCCGAGCUGGUUAAACAAAGAAUUCUGCCACCUCAGGCACCAUCCAGAAAGACACCGGUGCACAAGCUCUACUCUUCCAGACUGGACCGACUGCUCCAGUCUGACAGCCCCACUAAAGCUCCCCCAGUGCUUUCCCAGUUGCCCCAGGGCUUCCAUCAUCUUUAUACACACAUAGAGUACGAGUGUGCCUCUACCUUCUACCACCACUCGGGCAGUGCUCGCCGCACUUGCUUGAAGACUGGAAAAUGGAGUGGGCGUCAUGUGUCCUGUUCGCCAGUGUGUGGGAAGCAUCCAACCUUUGACCCAGAGAGGCCGGCAGAGGCUCACUGGCCUUGGCUGGCAGCCAUCUACCGCCGCUUCACCAACGGAGCUGGGACUAAGGUGACUAAGGCAGACAGCCAGGCAGGGUCCCUGAAGGGGGACUUUGGAGCAGGAACUGGCAGCAACAGUCAGGCUUCUGACUGGCAGCUUGUGUGCAGCGGGGCUCUGGUGAACCAAAAGAGGGUGGUGGUUGCUGCCCACUGUGUGACAGAGCUGGGGAAGGUGUAUCCUCUGGAUGCAGCCAAGCUCAAGGUGGUGGUAGGGAAGCAAUACCGUGAUGACCACAUGGAAAGUAAAGGUCUUCAACACCUGAGGGUGGCUUCCAUUGCCGUUCAUCCAAACUAUGACCCCUAUAUUCUGGACUCUGACAUGGCUGUGGUCAAGUUACUGGACAAAGCAAGGAUCGGUGAGAAGGUCCUGCCCCUCUGCCUCUCAGACAGCCGGGACGAAGAGGUCGUCUCUGGGCAAGGGCUUGUGACAGGCUGGUCUCCACUGCCCGAUUCAAGUUUGGGUUCUGAUGAGAAGGCGAGGGUUGGGCUCGUUCACCUUGCUGAUGUAGUCCCCUGUGAGCAGCAGUAUGCUCGUAACGGCGUGCCAGUCAGCGUCACAGACAAUAUGCUCUGUGCCAGCCAGAAGCCUGACUAUGAGCCCUCUAACAUAUGUCCCUCUGACACGGGGGGAAUCCUUGUCCUCCCUGCCAGCAACAACCAGAAGCCCUCUCUCGGCUUUGCGCAGGCGCAAGGGGAGAGCAAAGGGCUGUGGAGACUCCUGGGUCUGGUGAGCUUUGGCUAUGACCAAGGGGAGUGUGAUCCUGACCUCUACACAGUCUACACACGUGUAGCCAAUUUCAAAGACUGGAUAGAGAGCAAUAUGAAAUAAAAAAUCCUGCUGUCUGACUCACCCUAUUUCCUCUAUGCUUCUAAAAUAUUUAAAUGGCUUCAUAUCUUACAGUCCUUUUCCUUACAUCUGCCUGUUUUUCAGACUAUUCCUACGCUCUGAUCUUUUUUUCCUUGCACAAGGGCAUUUUCUUUCUAGACGCCGAAGCACUGGAAACGCUGGACAACACAGUGCUCUAACUGAAGGGGGUGCUAACACAUUAGAUGUGCUGGGCAUCAACCUUUCAUCAGAAAACUUCAGUGAUCAGGUCCCUCAGCCUGAGGUUACAGACUUGAAAAAGACCAGAAAACCAUUUCACACCUCUGGAUGUUGAUGGUUUCUAAUGUACUCAUUGGUAUGUAUAUAUGUUGUAAUGUACUGAAUUAUUCUAUCAAUUCAUAG